AGAAGCCCCGUCAUCCUUGUGACAAUUAUCUGUCUGACUCUGUGUAAUCCACCCUCUCAGACUGAUAAACAAGAGCCUGUGGAUGGGUUUUGAAAAGAACGUGACCAUCACCUUCUGUGAUCUGAGUAUUUGCUUGCAUACAACUCAGCUAGCUUGUAAAGCAGCUCUCCUGCCCACUGCUAUGUCCACACCACUGGAGGAUGCAAUGGACACCUUGAUCAGGAUUUUCCAUCAUUACUCUGGAAAAGAAGGAGACAGAUACAAGCUCAGUAAAGGAGAACUCAAGGAGCUCCUCACUAAUGAGCUCACUGACUUCCUUUCAGGCCAAAAGGACCCCCUUCUGGUUGAUAAGAUUAUGAAAGAUCUGGACUCCAAUAAAGACAAUGAAGUGGAUUUUAAUGAAUUUCUCAUUCUGGUUGCUGCUUUAACUGUGGCAUGUAAUGAUUUCUUUGAAGAACAGCUAAAGAAAGAGGGAUAUUAAAAAUGCUCAAUACAAUCUCCUGGCUACAAAUGUGAGCAAAGCACACCUAGUUAGGUAGCCCUCACCAACAUUUAGUGAAUGCAGACCAUCAUCCCUCCAACUGUUGCUACUGUAAGACACUUACAGAGCAGAUCAGCAGCUGGUGUAAGCUGGCCCCAAGCCAGUUUACACUAGUUGAGAUCUGGCUUCUAAUAUUUUCAGUCUUUGCUCUGUAUGCAUCUGUAACAUGCAUUCAUCAGUUCUCAGGCCAAGGGCUUGGGGUGACAGACAGUUUGGCAGGAGUUGAGACAUCUAUUUCUUAAAUGUCAGUGGGAAGUAAAAGGCACAGGAAUGUAACUUUCUGAGUUGCAAAAUUUGGAAUGAGACAUAAAACUUACAAUUUAGUUUUCAGUCAUUCUGUAACAACAAUAUUUUUGCAGCUCAAAAAGAGUAGCUUGUUCUUUGAUCAGUUCUGCUUAUUCUAAAGACCUUUUUAGAUGCUGCUCUGUACCUCCCCACAUUCUCAUAUUUCAGAUGUGGUCACAGUUGUCUCCUGCCUCCUGAGCAGACGGUACUGCUUGUCAUUGUUAAGGGUUCAUUUCCCCCACCUCCCCAGCUUCAAUUUUGUUGUGUUGGCAUUACUGCAUCCCAGUAGUCCACCUCUUUGUUUGGCAUAAAUGAAUUUAUUCAUAUGAUAAAUUAUUCAAAUACAUAGAAGAUUUAGUCAGCAGAAUUGCUCUGAGGGCUGAUGGAAGGACUGGGUCUUCAGGGGAAAUGUAAAUGCCUUCUGCUUUCCUAUUCUGGCACCCUUAAGAGGAGGGCUUUUAGAGGACCACUUGUGGGGGAUUUAAUGACAGGAUCCCAGGGUACACAUUUGUAAUGUGAGUCAUCUUAUGGAACAAUGAUUUCAUUUCAUGUUGAUCCAAUGCACUGUAUGGAAGUGGUGCAGAAGGGGCAGUGGGACCCCAUGGCCAGGUGUAGAGAGAGUAGGACAAUCUCUUUCAGGGUUAAACUGCUCUUGUGUUGAAUUAAGAGUACUUCUAUGCUCCUGUUUGAAUUAAGCAUACUUCAAAAACCCUGAAAAACCUCAGUGGCAGGAUAUCAUGGCUUUUUUCUUGCACAGAGAUCCGUCUUUAUUCCUUGUUGUUCUGUUGGUAACUUCAAGCCAUAAUAAAA